AUGUCUCUACCAAAGCCAAAAACUGCCACCGCCACGUUUCCAUCAAUAGAAAAAUGCGACAUCUCCGCUGUGAACCACCACUCUAUAGCUGCGGACCUCGACGGCACCCUCCUAAUCUCCCGUUCUUCCUUCCCUUACUUCAUGCUUGUGGCCGUGGAAGCCGGUAGCCUCCUCCGCGGCCUAAUCCUCCUCCUCUCAUUCCCUCUUAUAGCCAUAGCCUACAUCUUCAUCUCUGAAUCCUUAGCCAUUCAAAUGCUCAUUUUCAUCUCCUUUUCUGGCCUCAAAAUCCGAGAUAUCGAGCUUGCUUCACGCGCAGUUCUUCCGAGAUUCUAUGCAUCAAACGUGAGGCAAGAAAGUUUUGAAGUUUUUGAUAAAUGUAAGAGAAAAGUUAUAAUUACUGCAAAUCCAACAGUAAUGGUUGAGCCCUUUGUUAAAGAUUUCUUGGGGUGUGAUAAGGUUAUUGGGACAGAAAUUGAGGUGAAUCCAAAUACAAAAAGAGCUACUGGAUUUGUGAAGAAGCCUGGAGUUUUGGUGGGAAAGUGGAAAAAAGGGUCUAUUUUGAAGGAAUUUGGAGAAGAAAAGCCUGAUCUUGGGAUCGGAGAUAGAGAGUCUGAUCAUGAUUUCAUGUCCAUUUGCGAGAAGGGUUACAUGGUGCACCCUAGCAAAACCGCCACUCCGUUGCAACUUGACCGCCUGAAAAGCCGCCUAAUCUUCCACGACGGCCGCUUCGUCCAGUGCCCAACUCCGUUCAAUGCCCUCAUCACCUACAUUUGGCUCCCAUUCGGUUUCAUUCUCUCCCUUAUCAGAGUUUACUUCAAUCUCCCUUUACCGGAAAGGAUUGUCCGUUACACAUACGCCAUGCUGGGAAUCAAACUCGUGAUCAAAGGCACGAUACCGCCUCCACCAUCGCCAGGUUGUCCCGGAAACCUCUACGUCUGCAACCACCGCACAGCCCUCGAUCCUAUAAUCAUCGCUAUCUCACUCCGUCGAAAAGUCUCAUGCGUUACAUAUAGUGUAAGCAAGUUGUCGAGGUUUCUCUCGCCGAUCCCGGCAGUAGCACUGACCCGUGACCGGGAAGCCGACGCCGCCAUGAUCAAGUCACUCCUUCAGAAGGGCGAUCUAGUAGUUUGCCCGGAGGGAACCACCUGUCGGGAGCCUUAUCUGUUGAGAUUCAGUGCUUUGUUUGCUGAAUUAAGUGAUCGGAUUGUGCCGGUGGCGGUGAACCUGAAAGAGAACAUGUUCCACGGCACCACCGUGCGCGGUGUCAAAUUCUGGGAUCCUUAUUUCUACUUCAUGAAUCCCCGGCCGACUUAUGAGGCCACGUUCCUUGAUCGAUUGCCGGAGGAGAUGACGGUAAAGGGCGGCGGCAAAUCGUCGUUUGAAGUGGCGAAUCAUGUACAGAAAAUCUUGGCAGGUGCUCUUGGAUUUGAAUGCACUCAGUUGACAAGGAAGGAUAAAUAUAUGCUGCUUGGUGGGAAUGAUGGCAAGGUUGAAUCAAUGUAUUCAAAGAAGUGA